AUGGCUGUUAAAAUUCACAAGCCACGUGCCAGGCCUGUUCUCCUGCUAAACUGUUACCUCCCUGCCUCUAAUGCUGCCAAAGCUGCGGACACUGCUGCCGCUGCAUUUGAGUGGGCUGCAUCCAUUGGUGAACAGUGGGGCAUGAUUGGCGAUUUCAAUUUGACCAAGGAACAUUGGCCUAUGGGAGCAGCUCUGGCCACUGGGCUCUUGUUCGAUAUGGAUGAUGUAGCGGGGCCCCAUGCUUUGCAAGGUACCCAUCGAAACCAUGCCGGUGAACUCACUGGCCGUGUCAUUGAUUUCAUGCUUGCGACCAACGAGUUUUUUCCUGUUUCUCGUGUUCAACAUCAAAGUAUGGCUGACCAUGAUUUGAUUUUAUACGACUUUCCUUGGAAAGACGAUGUCACUCAAUUUUCCUGGCCUGCCCGUCCAAGCCUCCGCCUUGAAAAGGUCAGUUCUGAGCAGUGGGCUAAUGUGUGGAAUGCAUUCAGCUCAACGUUUGACACUGCUCUCGAAGCUAGAGACUCAGAUGCUGCAUGGCAAGCACUGAGCUCCGCAGCCGAAACUGCUUUGGGGGGAACCCCCGAGGCGCCAAAUUUGCAAUCGCUUCUGGAGCGACAACUUCGGCGCUUGGCGCGGAAGGCCCAGCAGAGCCUGCUCCAGCCAAACGAUGUGAAACUCAAAAGAAACUUUUUCUUUUUCAUUGAUUUUCUAAGUGACCAAGUUCCGCUUUUAACGCAGUGCCAGUGGAAUUCCGAAGCCACUGUGCGGUUUCUUUUCGACCUGGCUGACCAAGAGGCCAAAGCGGCCGCGCGUCAGCGCAUCCACGACUGGAAAGACCAAAUCAGUGACGAUGUGCCACGCCUUGCUAGGUGGAUUAAAGCCCGCUCCGAACUGGAUGACAGUGGGAGUUGGUGUUCUGACAGUCCACACCCUCAACUUCAAGCGGAAAAGUGUGCCAGGUCUUGGUUUAAUUUGUGGAAUCCGGAGACUUUGCCUGUGGAUCAAGCGCUUGAUCAAUUCUUGGAAUUUACUCCUGCUUGCCCGAAUCCCUGGCCUUUGCCGUGGAUGGGUCCUUGGCAAAGAUUUCACAAAG